AUGAGAAAAAUAAUCCUGUGUGUUCUUGCUGUAAUGCUUUGGUCGCAAGCUGUGGAUGCUCUGAAAUGUUAUAAUUGUCGUGGUGGUGGACGGUGUAUUAGCACAGCUACCUGCUCUGAUCGUCAAGACCGAUGUAUGACCAUAUUCUUUGAAGCAGUUGGAUACCAGCCACCAAGGUAUGCCAAGAGAUGCGGCUCACUGUAUGAAUGUCAAGUUUUAAAUUCAGUACCAAGGUCAGGAGUUAGUGCUGUUUGUUGUGAGUAUGACAGAUGCAACCGUUAG